AAGCCAACCUCAGCUGUUUGUCGAGCAAUACAAGCCCAGUUCAAAUCCACAUUCUGUGGUGAAGAAAGAAGCGGCGCCAUUUUAAUACAGUUACUUCUCCAUUAUGGGAAAAGGAGGAAUUUCUCACGAAGUCCAACCUGGUUGUCCUCAAGAUCCAGCGGAUAACACUCCUCAACUUCUGUCACCCUUGCAGAUGGGCCCGAUGUUCAGCCUUUCCCACAGAGUUGUGUUGGCUCCUGUAACUCGGUGCCGCGCAAUAGACAACAUUCCUCAAGCUUGUCACGUGAAGUUUUAUUCUCAGAGGACCACCAAAGGAGGUCUUCUCAUCUCAGAGGCUAACGCCGUCUCACCUCAAGCUAUUGGGUUUCCACAUUCUCCUGGUAUUUUCAUUGAAGAACAAGUAAUGGCGUGGAAAAAGGUUGUGGACGCCGUUCACGCUAAGGGCGGCGUAAUUUUUUGCCAGCUCUGGCAUGUCGGCAGGGCUUCGCACACAGUUUAUCAGCCCAACGGAGAAGCACCAAUAUCGUCCACAGCCAAGGCAAUAUCAGACGAAUGGAGCAUCUUGAUGCCCGGCGGAUCUAAGUCCACUUACUCCCCCCCACGUGCGCUUUCUGUGUCUGAAAUAGUGGCUGUGGUUGAAGAGUUUCGUAAGGCUGCGAGGAACGCCAUGUGCGCGGGAUUUGAUGGCGUGGAAAUACACGCCGCACACGGGUACCUGAUCGACCAGUUCCUUAAGGACGGAGUAAACGACAGAGUGGACGACUACGGUGGGUCCCUGCAGAAUAGAUGCCGCUUUGCCAUGGAGGUCUUGGACGCAGUGGUGGGGGAGAUUGGCGCUGAACGCACCGCCAUAAGAGUGUCGCCCGUUAUACACCACAUGGGCGCUACCGAUUCCGACCCCCUUUCUCUCACCUCUCACUUAAUCGGCCUGCUCAAUUCGCAUCCUCUGGCUUACCUGCACAUGACAGAGCCCCGAUUCACAAGAGAGGGCCUCAAAGACGAUGGGGCAGAGGGCGAAAUGAUGACUGCCGCAAUGUGGAAGAUGGUGAAGGAGGAAUACAAAGGAAGGCUUAUGAGGAGUGGCGGAUACAGCAGAGAGACUGCCAUGGAAGCCGUGUCCAAUGGUAGUGCAGAUAUGAUAUCCUUUGGUAGGCUGUUUAUUUCGAAUCCGGAUCUGCCCCUGAGAUUCGCUAUUGAAGCGAAGCUCAGCAAGUAUGACCGCUCUACUUUCUACACUCACGACCAGGUGGUUGGUUACAGUGAUUACCCGUUUUACAUCCAUACUUCCCCUGCAUCAAAUUCAAAGUUUGAUGAGCAUGUUGACUUUAGAGCAGAGGUUGAAUCAUCAUGAGCCGUGACAAUGCUGCAAACCGGCAAAGCAGAUGAACAGUUCCCCACUAAAUACUUGACCGAAGUUAAGACAACUAGCUUUAUUUCCGUGUUCCAUUUGUAUGCCGUCAUAUUGUUCGAAGCUACGACAGCGCAGACUCAAUUCAACAGAAAUUGUAUAAAUUAAUUCUAUAAAUGAUUAUGAAAAGGGUUUGAACAAA